UCGGGGGUGGAAUGGGUUUCUGGGUUCUGUUUUUGUUUUGUUUUUUUUUUAAUUAAUUAUCUUAUUAAAUAUUUAGCCACGUGGCACAAAUGGGACAGCUACGUCAACUCUUAACGGACCAAUUGAUGGAAAAUGUAACGGAGGUAUUAUAUUGAAAUAAAAUAGUACGUGAGGUAUGAAAGUGAAAUGUAUUGACACUAUUUGUAUUGACACUAUUUGAAGUAAAGUGUAAUUUACCCAUUAAUUAGUUAACGUAUUGACACUAUUUGUAAUUUUUGUUCUUGUUAAUAUAUAAUACUUGAUUAGGCGAGUCACAUUUGGAGUUGGAAAGAGUUGAUGAUGACAGAUUUAGCUGAAGAGAGCAAUAGUGCAAACAAAGAUCACUCCGUAAUUCAAGUAAGGGAGGAGGGAGAGAGACGUGAGAUAGAAAUAAGUGAUGUGGGUAACCAAACUUUGAGUGGAAAUGAAACAAAUAAAGACGAAUUAUUAGCGUCCCUUAUAGAAAAAAAGCUUCCCCAGGAAUUUCCAAAACCUGAUCCUACUUGCAUAUUCAGAGUCCCUAAUAAACUUGGCAGGGACAAUGAAAAUGUUUUUGUCCCACAAGUGGUUCCGAUCGGGCCCUAUCACCACGGAGGAAAAAAGUUCGAAGCCAUGGAACAAAUUAAGCUAUGGAAUUUGCAAUGCCUCCUCAAACGCCAACCAACUCCAGAAACCUGUUUGGUGAAGUUUGUCGAGGAAAUUAGAAGCAAAGAAGAGUUUCUUCGUAACUGCUAUGACGAAAAGCUUGGUGAUCAUCUCAGUAGCGAUCAGUUUGUAGAAAUGAUGGUGGUCGAUGGUUGCUUUAUUUUAGAACUUAUCCGCAAAGAUAAUCCAAUUUCCAUAUAUGAUGAUGUUUUCAGUAUGCCAGAGAUGUUGUCGAUAGUUAAAAACGACUUGUUCCUGCUAGAAAACCAGCUUCCGUGGAAAGUUCUCGACUGUUUAUUCAACCUGACAAAAGAAUCAGGAGAGAUUUCUCUAUAUCGACAAACUUUGCCAUUAAUUGGCGGAGUUAUGCCUAAUUGGAUGAUCACAGAUUACCAAAUUGUCGUGAGUAUUGUGGAUAAAGAACGGGAGACAUGGCAAUUCAGACAUUUACUUGACAAUGCAGGAGAUUUUCUUGUUGGAUCAUUAUCGAGGAAUAAGGACCGUCCACGUCGUUAUGGAUUUUGGGAUCCUAUUCCCUCAGUGACACAUCUUGAGGAGAUUGGAGUCAAAUUUCAACUUGCAUCCUUUGAGACAGAGCUGUUGGGCAUAACCUUCAACAGGGAAAAAGGAGUGAUGGAAAUUCCAAGGAUGAUAAUUGGAGCCAACACAGAAUGUGUCUUGAGAAACCUCAUAGCCUACGAACGGUGUUCAAUGAAGCCCCAUUACAUUUUGUCUUAUGCCAUGCUGCUGAAUCAGCUUAUCAAGUCUACCAAAGAUUUAGACUCUCUCGUUCAGAAAGGAAUUGUACUAACCAAUUUGAGCAAGGAGGACACGGUUUCUUUGUUCAAUAGGCUUUGCAAUGACACUGCAUCCAUCCUGUUCGUUUACUCUCAACUCGCCCUCGACGUGUAUUUCUAUAAUCGAGAUCGUUGGCUAAGGCGUUGGCUUGCUGGGAUAAAAAGGAAUUAUCUAUACAAUCCAUCGUCAAUCUGGUUAGUCUCAAAUGCGGUCAUCAUUAUUCUCAUUCUUACCGUCAUGCAAACCCUAUAUAGUGUUCUCGCCUACUACAAGCAAAAGUAGUAACCUUCCAAUUGAUCAAUGUUCGUUGGAGGACAUAAAACUCAACAAGACUUGCGUGAUUGCUGGCAAAGUUAUGAACUAAAGCAGUGUUGUAAUUGAUUAUGUGUGACAGUAAUACAGUUUGGAACUACCUUGCCA